AUGGAAAGGACCAAUUGGACAGAGAUAGAGUUCAUUCUGCAAGGACUUUCAGGGUACCCAAGAGCUGAAAAAUUCCUUUUCGUGAUGUGCUUAGUGAUGUACCUGGUGAUUCUCCUAGGGAAUGGCACCUUGAUCAUUCUGACACUCCUGGAUGCUCGUCUCCAUACACCCAUGUACUUCUUCCUUGGGAAUCUUUCCUUCCUAGACAUUUGGUACACAUCCUCCUCCAUCCCCUCAAUGCUGAUACACUUCCUAUCAGAGAAGAAAACCAUCUCCUUCACUAGAUGUGUGAUUCAAAUGUCUGUCUCUUACACUAUGGGAUCCACCGAGUGUGUGCUUCUAGCAGUGAUGGCAUAUGACCGUUAUGUAGCCAUCUGCAACCCUCUGAGAUAUCCCAUCAUCAUGGGCAAGGCACUUUGUAUUCAGAUGGUGGCUGUCUCUUGGGGACUAGGCUUUCUCAACUCAUUGACAGAAACUGUUCUUGCAAUACGGUUACCCUUCUGUGGAAAAAAUGUCAUUAAUCAUUUUGUUUGUGAAAUAUUGGCCUUUGUCAAGCUGGCUUGCACAGAUACUUCCUUGAAUGAGAUUAUUAUAAUGUUGGGCAAUGUAAUAUUUUUGUUUUCUCCAUUACUGCUGAUUUGUAUCUCCUACAUCUUUAUCCUUUCUACUGUACUAAGAAUCAAUUCAGCUGAAGGAAGGAAAAAGGCCUUUUCCACCUGCUCAGCCCACAUGACAGUGGUGAUUGUGUUUUAUGGGACAAUCCUCUUCAUGUACAUGAAGGCAAAGUCCAAAGACUCUGCUUUUGACAAACUGAUUGCCCUGUUCUAUGGCAUAGUCACCCCCAUGCUCAAUCCUAUCAUCUAUAGCCUGAGGAAUACAGAGGUGCAUGGAGCUAUGAGGAAAUUAAUGAGUAGACCCUGGUUCUGGAGGAAAUGACGACACACUGACACCUUUGAGUUUAUGCACAAAAUACGCUCACAAGUUUGAGACAACACUUUUAAAGAUAGACAGAAGAAAAGCAAUUAAGGUCAUGUUGAGUCAGAAUUUCAGAGUUAGAAAAAAUUUGAAGAUUAAGAGUUUAACGAUAUUGCUUUAUGAAAAUGACUGAUUUCAUUAAAAUGUAGAAACAAGUGGUCUGUGAGAGAAAACUUUUGGAAACAAGAAAAAUAUUUUAAGUAAGUCUUUCUAAGAAAACCCAGCUCAUUAAUUUUAACAAUUAAAACACAUUUUUCAGCCCUCUUUUUAAAAAAACUAUUUUGUAUUUUUGUUCUUUUAUUCUUGCUUUUUAUUUUAUCCAGGGACUGGAUCUGGUCCCAUCUUUCCCUUCCAGCUACAUAUUUCAACCUCUUUCCCUGUCCUUUCCCUCCCCCUACCUCUUUGCAUAAGCUGUGUUCUAUUUACUAUGUAAUUACCAAAUUAUAUCAUUUUCUUUCACACCUAAUGACAAUAGCACAUGCUAUUCCAUCUGCAUUUUCACAUUUCUCCUUCUCAGGUGAAAUCCUAACAAUCUCAUAAAGGACAGGUCAAGUGUCAUAUUCUCUGCAACACAGUCCAAAGCUUUCCCAGAGUUAGCUAUUCCCUCCUCCGUGCUGCCCUGGACUUUAUCUGUACUAAGCGAUUUUUCUUUUAUACUCUAAUCAUUUAUUACCUUCCGAAAUUCUUCCCAAUAGCAGAACUAUGGCUCACUAUUCUCCGCAUAAAAUCUAAUGUCAAGUUAAUUAAAAACAGUUGGCAAUAAUUAACUGUUGAAUUAAAAAUUUUAAAGGUUGGUAAAAUACGGUCUAAGUACCUGAUUUAAUACAGGGAGAUAACUGAAAUUUAUACAUUAUUCCCUUUACCAAACUACAAUUCUAAAAGAUUUUGGUAAAAUAACAGCUGAUUUUUAAACGUGGAGAAAAAUAAGGGAAGAUAAAGUCUGAAUAGAAUAUACUGAAGAGAUCAUUUUGGCUAGGUAAGACCAAAAAUCCUACUGCUUAUUAUUAUCAAAUAAGCAAUUGCUGAGGAAAAUAUAUCAAUUGUAUAAAUUCUUAUGGAACACUGACAAUUUCAAUUUCUUUCAAAAGCAAUAGUCUCAUUUAAAAUAUUUUCAUUACAGUCUCAUUUAAAAUAUUUUCCUUUCAUUAUAAAAAACCUUGGACUGGCUAGUGAAUAAUAUAUAGUUGUAUUUUUUAUAAAAUAUAUAUUUGCAUAAUAUAUAGUUGAGCUGCCUGGUACACUAUCAUAGCCUGAGCUGGGUGAGGAACUCAGCUCAGGCUAUGAGCUGAGGCUAUGAACUUACUUGUUCAGUAAAACCAGUAAAGAUUUUUAUGACCCAAUGGCAUUGAGAAAGGCAUCCUUACUUGCUCUGCCCAGUAUGAUGUUUUGGAGCCUGUCCAGAAUAAGGAAGAUGUCAACGUGGAAGAGAGGCUCAGUUCAGGGUGUCAAAGUCCAAGCAGCGUGAAAGGAGCAUACACACAAGAGGAAGGUGUGGAUCCUAGCACCUGGUUGAGGACCACUCCUGCAAAGAAAAGCUGACUGAUAGAAGAUAUUAGAACACAAGUGGGAUAAGGAAAACACCUGCACACCAUAGGCAGGUGGUCUGGAGUGAGUUGUCAGAGUCCUCAUGGGGUAAGAAAAGCAUCCGUGGUGGGAUGGGGAGGUUCCGAAUAUGGGUGUCCAAGUCUGAAAGGGGUGAAGAGAGAAUCCCUGAAGAAAGACCUAAAUGGAGUGAAAAGAGCUCACCUGAGGAGGGGAGAAGAGUCAAGGUGUGUGAGAAACAGAUUAGGGUGAAGUGGGCAUUCUUGAAGGAAACAGCUUUGCCUGAAGUGUUGGAACCCAAGCCAGUUGAGAAGAAUGUCAGCAAUCACAGCUCACUGCAGCCUCAACCUUCACUGGCUUAGGUGAUACUCCCACCUCAGCCUCCUGAGUAGCUGGGGCUACAGGCACAUGCCACCACACUCAGCUAAUUUUUGUAAUUUUUUGUAGAGAUGGGAUUUUGCAUGUUGCCCAGGCUGGUCUCAAACUCCUGGGCUAAAGUGAUCAACCUGUCUUGGCCUCCUAAAGUGCUAGGAUUACAGGCAUGAGCCACCAUACCAAGCCAGGAUUUCUUUCAAGGUAAGACUACUAAAGAAGAAUUAUUUGUGUAGAUGGAGGGAAGUUAGGGGGAGAGUCUGGAAAUGUUUUCAUUUUGUUCUCAAUUUUAAAGGAUUUUUCACUGAGUAUACACUUGUUGGUUGGCAAUUUUUUUUCAACACUUAAAAAAUGCUGUUCUUUAUAUUUGGUAUCCAUUGUUUCUGCUGAGAAGUUGCCUCUGUUUUGUUGCUGCUUCUUUGAAAAAAUGUGUCUUUUUUUUCUUUUCGUUGCUUUUUAUAUUUUCUCUUUAGAGUUGGUCUCUGAAAUUUUAUAACAAGGCUCUUAUAGGUGGCUUUUUUUUAACUCAUCCUCCUUGAUGUUGUAGAUCUCCUUAAAUCUGUGGCUUGAUGUCUUUUAUAAGUUUAACAAUUAUAUUUGACAUUUGCCAUUUUUUCUUCUAUUACAUUUCUCUUUCUCCUCUCCCUCUGAGCAACUAGUUAUAUAUAUGUUAGACUUCCAUUAUAUUCCACGUAGCUCUCACAGUCCUUUCUGCAUUUUCCUUCCUUUGUCUUCUCCAUGUGUCCAGUCUGGUUAUUUUCUACCGAUCUACCUUCCAGCUUGUUAAGCCCUUCUUCAACUUUGUCUAUUUUGCUAUUAAAUCUAUGUAUUUAGUUCUUAAUACCAGUUAUUGUGGUUUGGAGGUCCAUAAUUUCAAUUUUUUAAAU